AUACCCAGACCCAUACCCAUACCCAGAACAAAUAUGUACUCCCUCCUCGCCGUGACCCUCGCACUCGCGCUCAGCUUCUUCCACUUUGCGCACGCUUACCCCGUGUAUACCACCGAGGUUGUAGAUCCCAACACUGCCAUCUCGGGAAGGGCGACGUGGUUCUACGUCGGGCUCGGCGCUUGCGGGUACACCGACACAGACCUAGACUGGAUCGUCGCGCUCAACGAACCGCAAUACACCGGGAGCGCCUGCAACCGGUUCCUCGUCGUCGAGAACACACAGAGCGGGGCGACUGCGGUUGCCAAAGUCCGGGACAUGUGCCCCGGGUGCGCGGAGGGAAGCUUGGAUAUGAGCCCCGACUUGUUCAAGGCUAUCUCGACGGAGGGGUUGGGGGAGGGGACUGGUUGCCGGAGACCUACGAACCCGCCGGGUACAAGGCCUGAGGGCUCCGCAUCCGCGCACGACGCACGAUGAAUACGGUGACUUGUUGUACGAAUCGAUUUCGAUACCCCUGCGACUCCGGGUCUUCAUUACUUGACGUCUCGGAGUCUUGUGAUGUCCUUUUUCUUGGGUUUGGGUUAUGUAUGAUGCCUUCUGGGUGGUGAGGUAUGGGCCUGGGGCCGGGUGCUCUGGGAUUUAUGGUAGUGUACUGGUAUGGGAUCAUGUGGUAGAAAGGUAGAAUGAACGACAUAAGUUUGAUUUUG